GCGAGGGGGCUCGAGGGUGAGGCUGCUAAGUCCUUGGCGGUGGCUUGAAUUUGAUUUUGUGCAGGUGGAGUUUGACAUUCCCGUGGGACAUGAAGGUAGACAUGUCUUGGUGGGGACAGGAAGUUCAGGUUCUGCUUGGGAGGGAGUUCACAAUAGCUGGAUAUGGCAGCCAUGGAGACUGAGUUGACUCCUAAACCUUAGGUGUGCCAAGGCCAGUGUGUGGGGGCCCCUAGGGUGCACCUGCUUGAAGCCGGAGGGCAAAGUGGUGUGGGGCAAACAGCAGGCCCCUAGGCUGACUGGUACUGGGAGCGAGUGAUGGGCCCGAGCUCAGGAGUGGGAAGCUUGCCCUGGCUCUGCCCUUCACAAGAGGCCUCCCUGCCACCCCCACUCUUGCUGCUUCAUCUCCAGGUCUGUUCUGUCCCUCUGGCUCUCCAUAGUACCCCUUUCUUGCCCUUGGUCUUCCUAGUGUGUACACCCACUGAACCAUGGAAGGACCAUGACGGCAGGGAUAGGCUCAGUGCCGUAUACCCGCACCCAGGGGGCUGCUCAGUGCAUGCUUGUUAAGAGGUGGAGUCGUUUUAUCAUGUUCACACACAUGUGUGGAAUGUUUGCCCCAGGAGUAAGAGGUCAGUUACACAGCUGGCCAGGAGGAUAUGUGUGCUUUUGCUGUGCUUGGUGCCCACAUCAGAUUGGUGAAGAGAAACUGGUUAUGGUUCCUGCGGGCACAUGCGCUGAGCAGGGACUUCAGAUUGUGUCUGUGGUGCCAGGCUUUCCAUUGUGUGCUGUCACACGGCAAACAUCUACUGAUGGCCAGAUGGCAGCCCUGGGGCAACACGUGUGUAUUGUUAAGUCCUGGCUCUACAGGGCCCUGUUCAGGGGCCUUCGGACCAUGACUUGGGAACAUCUUUGGAGAAAGGGAGCACAGGCUGAGCAAGAGUGGUUGGGUAUGCCCCGCAUCAGGCUGAACACUGGGGUCACAGGAGCCCAAGGCCUGGCUCCAGGGGACCUUAGUGAUGGGGAUCUCAUCAUGCCUUGGCUGCACCUGCUGUGUCCUGUCUUGCAGCCUGUGAGGGAGAACACAAACCGAGCCAGGGAGAGAGGAGAUGCCGGCUCUCAGGGAGAGAAGGCCCUGUGGCCAUCCCUGGCUGUAGCUGCUUAUGCAGGGAUUGCUCAGGGACGGAUGGUGGCAGCUGUGGUGUCUGGUGUCUCCCUGCCUCGCCAUCCUGCCUGCCGUUCCCAGGUCUGCCCUGAGGCAGGGGCCGAGGAGGACGGCCCAAGGAAGAGCAUGGACAUUGCGCUGGAAGAGCUGCAGCUGCCCCCAAACACUGAAGGCCCCCUGCAGCAGGUUUUGCCACAGAGAUCAGAAGCAGCAGAGGCUCCUGGCUGGCCAGCCAGCCCCGCUGGGCUGAAGAGGGCCCUCCCCAUGCAGGCUUCUGACCACAGCUAUGCCCUUUUGGACUUAGAUGCCCUGAAAAAAAAACUCUUCUUCACUUUGAAAGAAAACGAAAAGCUCAGAAAGCGCUUGAAGGCCCAGAGGCUGGUGAUGCAGAGGAUGUCCAGCCGCCUCCGCACACACAGAGGGGGUCAGCAGGGACCCCAGGCCAGGCCACGGCCGGAGCAGCGGAGCUGAGCUGGAAACAGCACCCAGGGCAGGCAGUGAUUUGGGGGCUCUGGUCAUGGACAGUUGGGUUUGCUGCUGAUACUGAGGAAGGGGCCACCUGGUCUACUGAGAGGCCUCUGCCGGGGGAGCAGGGGCUGGGACGCAUGUGAGCCAGAGCCACACCUGCUGGGGCACCAAAGUGCCAGGGUGAGUCUGGUUUCUGUGCAAGCAUGGUUGGAACCCCAGCGUGAAGAACUGACCCGACAGUGUCACAGGCACUCCCCGAGGGGGGGAACCCUCUCUGCCAGUGCACCUCCUUUAGGGACAGCCUGUGGGGCCCUCCCGCCCCCAUGCAGAGGGAGCGAUGGCUGUGACCUGUGAGUGGGUCCCCUCUGUCAUCCUGGACAGUGGGCCUGACCUGAUCGGAGGCGGAAGCUGGGAGAAGUGCCUCCUUUCCACCUGGUGUUGGUGAACACCAGAAUAAAGUGUCUUUCCACAUGCA